GGGGUUAUAACUAUAUUUUCCCAAGAAAGUAUGGAAGAAAAUGGAGAAAUGAAGAAAAAGGCUAAGAAUCUCGAAGGAGGUCAUUUAUGGCAACACCGCUGCUCUUCCAAUCAAAGAUCCUCUGUUUCUCUCUUCUCUAUCUCUUCACCGCUGCUCUCUAUGCGUCUCUCUCCUCCACCAAAUGCCUCUUCAGAUCCUCACCUUUCGAUCCCGUCCAGUUCCCCCUCUUCUCUUACCCCUCCACGUAUGGAGAACACAAGUACGCCAUACCGACCCAUCGUUCUUCUUGCACUUCCCCCAUCUACUUUUCGGAUUAUUGGGCGGCGCUUAAGGAAAUUCAAGACUUGUGUCGAAAUUCCUCGUCGUCCUCCUCGUCAUCCCCGACUCUGAGGUAUAUACAGGGCAAGGCUGAUACUUUUGGAGGAAAUUUUAGUACCCAGGAGAGAUUUUCUUAUUUUGAUCGUGCAGAAGUUCCUUGUGGAUUCAUGAACGAAUUUCCCAUUAGUAAUUCGGAUAGACUCGCAAUGAAAAACUGUGAAGGAGUGGUUGUAGUUUCGGCAAUAUUUGGUGACCAUGACAAAAUCCGGCAGCCAAAUGGCCUAGGAUCCAAAACACUUGACCAAGUGUGUUUCUUCAUGUUUGUGGAUGAUGUUACUCUUAAAGGACUUGACCAUCACAAAUUACUUUCAAGAAAAUCCCAGGAGUAUAAGAUAGGUGCAUGGAGAAUUGUGAAAGUCUCAAGCAAGCAUUUGUAUGCGAAUGCAGCAAUGAAUGGAGUGAUACCUAAGUUUUUAGUUCAUAGGCUUUUCCCAAACUCAAAGUAUAGCAUUUGGUUAGAUGCAAAGCUGCAGUUGAUGAUUGAUCCAUUAUUGUUGAUUCAUUCACUGGUUGUUUCGGAAAAUGUGGACAUGGCUAUAUCGAAACAUCCCUACUACAUUCACACAAUGGAAGAAGCAAUGGCAACUGCAAGGUGGAAGAAAUGGUGGGAUAUUGAUUCUUUGAAGAAACAAAUGGAGACAUAUUGUGAGCAUGGGUUGCAGCCAUGGAGUGCUGAUAAGUUGCCUUAUGCCUCAGAUGUACCAGAUAGCGCUCUAAUCUUGAGGAAGCAUGGAAUUGCUAGCAAUCUCUUUUCCUGCCUUAUGUUCAAUGAGUUGGAGGCUUUUAACCCAAGAGACCAGUUGGCUUUUGCAUUUGUGAGAGAUCAUAUGAACCCCAAGCUGAAGCUGAACAUGUUUGAGGUGGAAGUGUUUGAACAGAUUGUUUUAGAGUACAGGCACAACCUUAAACGUGGUGCACCUAAUUCCAAAGAAGGGCCCAAGAUCAAAAGGGCAAGGCCUGAUUUGUUCUCUAAUGGUACAUGUGGCAGGUGCAAGAAGUAUCUUUUGGAAAUGUGGGGUGAAUCCUAAUUCUGAUUUUCUUCCCCCUACCACAUUUUAUAUGGUGAAGAAAAGGUAUGAAAGCUAACCAACCCUCUCCUCUCACAGAGACAACUGCUAGGCAAACAAGGACAGGAUGGCUGGACAUGUUACAGGGGUUCGUAGGAAACAAAAUCAUGUGACAUAUGGAAGAUGAUGGUGAUCCAUUUGAUUUGUAUUUAUCAGCCAUGGAUCCCCUGUUGCUUUGGCUUUUCUCAGGUUUCUUCUGGCCCUUCACCAGACUUGAAAACGGCAGAUUAUAGCAAACUUGGCUCCAGUCUUUUUCUGAUAACAGAUCCAUCCUUUUUUAUCUAGUUUAAGAUAAAGUGCAAAGAAUGCACUUUUACGAAUAUGAAUGAAGUUGGACUCAAUUAUAGAAGCCACUUCGAGCACAGCCAGCCUUUCAUCCUGUGUUUUUUGUUUUGUUGUUGUUUUUUGUUUUUUUUUUUUGACUUACAAGGAUGAUUUAAAGUCCAUUUAUUUAUUUAUUUAAUCUGCUUUCUUUUAUUCAA